AGUUGUGAUGCGGGUUGCAUAGCGUACAGUCGCAUUAAGCAUUAUUUUCGUUUGUUAGGGAUACGUAAACGAAAUACCGUGUACACCGAAUAACACACUUUUUUUUAUUACCUCUUGUUAUAAAGCCCAAAAUUAAACACUCAAUUUAAGCGCCAUUUUUCCGUUCUUCUAUUCUUUGUGUCAUUAUUUUUUUAUUCGAUUUGUCGGCAGUUCUUUGACAUUUUUCCAUUGAAUAGUUCCAAUGGAACGUACACAAAUCACUGUGCGAGGCUGAGCAGUCGACGAUAUCGGAAAGAAGAAGAAGAAGAAGAAGAAAAAUAAAAAAACCGUUGGCGAACAAAAAUGCUUUUGACAUCGAUUUAGCACCGGAAACGAUUUGCACCAUUUAACUGAAGACGACGAAGAAGGAAAAACCGACGACGACGACGACUUCAUUCGAUUUGUGACUUUAUCUUGAUUUGUGAUAGUUUUUAACGACUCAACCACAUUUUUCACUCACGGAUAUACAUAUAUUUUAAUUUGAAUCAAAUUUUUUGACGCAACGCAAAGAAAAGGCUUAAUACUUAGGAAGAAAAAAAGAGAAUAACGACGACGACGACGACGACGACAAUAAUACUAAUUCUAAACGGAGCAAAAUAAGGAGAGAAACAUGUAUUCUGAUAAAAUGAUCAACCAAAUCUACUAUGAAAAACUCAACAGUCUGAAUGCGCGGUAUCGCGUUCAACGGGAUUUGAAAUAUGCGACUGCUCAAUCGAAUUUUCACAACCAAAAACUGUUCGAAGAGACACCGUCAUCGUCGUUGCUUCGUUCAUCAACGUACAAUCAACGCCAAGAACAACGAUAUUUGUUGCAAGCUCAGCUCGAACAAGAGCUGUUGCAGAAUCAAAUCCAUCAACGCUACUUGGAACAUCGAUAUUCUGUGCCACAACCGCAUCGAAACGACUACGAAAAACUGCCACACACAACGUUGCUCAACACCACCAAAUCACAUCAACAACAAAAAUACCAUUCGUAUAAUCCAUACUAUCAGACAUUGGACAAUAGAGUUGUGCCAUCGUCAAACACCGUUCACACCAAUUUGAAUAACACUAGCGAUCGAUUCACAAAGCAAAUUAAUUUUAAUUUGAAUAACAUCAAUCAUUAUUACAAUAAUACGAAACAUUGUGCGGACGAGACAGGUGCUGCGAGUGCUGGUGCUAGUACCGCUGCUGCUGCUGCUGCUGCAGCCAACACACACCUAUCAUCAAUACCAAAAUCAAUUGGUUACAAUACGUGCAACAAUAACACCAUUGCAAAGACAAAGCCUUAUCACAACAAUAUUGGUAGCGGUAAGAAAUACGACAAUAAUCGCAAUAAUCACGACACGUACAUCGACUACUAUCUACAAAAGCCAAUUAAAAUGCAAAGCGCGGAAAUCAUCAUCGAACACAGUCAAUUAGUGCUGAAUGGAAAUGCGAACAGCAAUGACAACACAAAUCCAACAAAUCCCAUGCAUCGAAACAAUCACUAUACGCAGAUUGUAGCUGCGUUAGCCGUUUCGCUUGGACCUCUGGCCGCUGGUUUGGGUAAAGGUUAUUCGAGUCCAGCCAUUGCUAGCCUUCAAGAGCUACAGAUUAGACCACGUGGAAAUUACACCUCAUUCACAAUUAGUGACCAGCAAGCCAGUUGGGUAGCUAGUUUAUCAUUAUUAGGUGCCCUGUUUGGCGGUGUUCUAGGGGGAUUCUUUUUACAGUAUGGCCGUCGCAGACUGUUGACACUGAUGUCGGUGCCGUUUUCUUUGUCCUGGUUGGUCACCGUGUUUGCUAAAUCGGUUGAAACCAUGUUUGCCACCGCAUUCAUCGGUGGAUUCUGUUGUUCGAUCGUUUCAAUGGUCACACAGGUGUACAUUAGUGAAAUAGCAUCACCGGAUAUUCGUGGUUUUCUGUCGGCAAUUCAGAAGAUUAGCGGCCACAUCGGCAUAUUGAUAUCGUUUUCAUUAGGAGCAUAUCUCGAUUGGCGCCAAUUGGCCAUGCUCGUUUCAAUCGCACCAAUGCUACUAUUUCUCACUGUGAUCUACAUACCAGAAACGCCAAGCUUUUUAGUGUUAAAUGGCCGUGACGAUGAAGCUUACAGAUCAUUGCAAUGGCUCCGUGGUCCAAAUAAAAACAUUGAAUUGGAAUUAGAAACGAUUCGGUCGAAUGUUCGUGCCGUGCGACCGCGACAAAAUCCAUUCCCAGCGCUAGCCACAGGAAAUUUGCUGUCAAAGGCGUCAAUGCAAACCAUUUAUACAAAUAUUAAAUCGGUACUUAAAAAUGUGCGAAUCAUUAAGCCUGUAUCAAUAACUUGUGGCCUUAUGGUGUUUCAACGAUUUACAGGGGCUAAUUCAUUUGGUUUCUAUGCCGUAAACAUAUUUCGUCAAACAUUCAGCGGUCUGAAUCCACACGGUGGUGCGAUUGCUGUUGCAUUUGUGCAAUUGUUGGCUGCCAUGUUAUCAGGUCUGCUGAUCGACACCGUGGGCCGUAUUCCAUUGUUGAUCGUCAGCAGUGUAUUCAUGUCGUUGGCACUAGCAUCGUUCGGGUCAUACGUGUACUAUGAACAAUCAAAUAAAUUAAUUGCGAGCACCAAUUUUGAUAUGGAUGCGGCCGCAUCAGUCAAUACUGAUUGGAUCCCAUUGUUGUGCGUGCUCGUGUUCACUAUUGCAUUUUCAUUGGGUAUUUCGCCGAUAUCAUCGUUGCUAGUUGGUGAACUAUUUCCACUUGAAUAUCGCGGCAUUGGCAGCAGCAUAGCGACUAGCUUCAGCUACUUUUGCGCGUUCAUCAGCGUCAAAACGUUUAUCGAUUUCCAGGACUGGUUUGGAUUACACGGUGCAUUUUGGCUGUAUGCGGGCAUCUCGUGCUGUGGCCUAUUUUUCGUUGUGUCGUGUGUGCCAGAAACGAGAGGCAGGGAUCUUGACGAAAUGGAUCCAAAAUACGAACGAACCAUGACAAUAAAUCGAUGAGAUAUGGGAACUCACGUAGAAUAUUUAGUGUAGUUUUUGUAGAAUUCUAUGAGUUUUUUUUUCAUUAUUUAGACAUUUAUUUUAUCGUAUGCAUUUUUUUAUGUUGCAAUUUAGGCGCGCGUCAAAGGUGAAUGCGUGUGUAUGUGUACAGCUGAAAAUGAAACUUGUGUAGUUGAUUCAUGUGCCGCUUAUUCUUUUUUACUAAUUUGACGUCAGAGUAUAUAUUCUUUUGCUUUUCAAUUUAAUGAAGAAGAAAAAAAAACCACUCAUUUGUCUGCUUGAACAUAUGUGCUACUCGAAAAGUAUUAGCUUAAUUAUUUUAUACGCAAUGCGCACACAUACAUAUUAAGCAUUUCCGUUUGGGUUUUCUCUCUUUCGUUAGUGACAGCUUUUUUCGCUUAGAGGAAAUUAAGUAGUUUUAAAAUACAACCAAAAUCAAACCAAUUUAUGAAAUUGUACAAUAAUCAUAUCGACAGGUACUAUUGCGUAUCUCAAGCCAAUGUGAUGAUGAUAUGAAAAGAGAAGAGUUUUUUUCUUUUUGGAUUAUUAUCAUUUUUUCGAUCACAAACAUCAUAUCAGACACACACACACACACACACAAUCACAAACACACGAUCAAACGCAACGAAUCGUUGAUCGAUUUCAAAGCGAUAUUACAUUACUGUAAUUGGUGCACAAUUUUUUAUUCUCUGAAAAUUUCGUCGUCAUUAAUUUUGAAUAAUAAUGACUCAUAGUUUUCGCUUGUGUUUUGUAAGAACGAGUUUUUUAAAGAAUUAUUCUUUAGUUUAAUGUAUUUAUUUUUAGUUUGAUAAUUGUGAACUUAUGCCAAUGGCAAUAUGGUUUAAUUCAAUUUCAAAAGAUUGUUUUUUUUUGUUGCUAAAAAUUGAAUCGUUCAGGCAAGAAUUGUAACAUGAAGCAUAUCGAAUGGAAAAAUAUCGAAAAUUUUGUUCGAAUUCUCUCAAUUGUGAAACUCAUAUUUUGUACUAUGGCAUGUAGUUUUUGAUGUCAAUUGUUCAACUGAUGUUUGAAGUAAACAUAUUCCUCAAUUCGAAAUAAAAAA